AUGAAUCACAUUUCUUUCCUAGAAGAUUGUGAAUUUCGUCAUUUAAAAUAUAAUAAUAAAAUAUGUCAAGGUUGGUUAUUUAAUGAUUUACAUUCAGCAUAUGAAGGUAUUAUGGAAGAAUUGCUCGCUUUUGGGUUAGAUGCGAAAUAUCGUGCUGAACCGUGGUCAGUUAGACAUCAAAUAGAUGAACUACAACGAAUAUUGGAUGACUUAAGAUUGCUAUAUAUAACAUCUAGACAUUCAUAA